GUUGUUUGAAGGCAUAAAAAUCAAAAUUUAAUUUUAUUCCUUCGAUAAUCUUUUUUAUUUUUAUUUUCUAUACUUAUUUUGUUUAAAUUACGAAAAUCCGUAUUAUCAUAUCCAGCAUGGCGGAUGAUUUAGGUGACGACUGGUGGAAAGAAGAGAGUAGCAGUGAUGAAGAUGGAGAGAAGGUCAGCAUUGAGGAGGAACAUGAAAGUACAUUACCAGAACAGUCACAAGAUACUACACAGAAGAAGAAAAGAAAAAGGAAAAGGAAAAAGAUUACAGAUGAGUUGAAGGAAAAGGGCGAUAAACCUGGAAGUCCCGAGGACUUUGUUAGUUUUCUGAAAAAACAUUUUGGUGGAAAAUUGACACCUGUGGAAUGGGAUGAAAUAGAGCUUGACAUAGAGAAAAACUUCUUCACACCAAAUUCUACACCAGCCUUUGUAGUGGCUUAUCUUCGUUCUGUGUUACCAAAAUGGAAGAAGAUGAAGGACUCAUGUGAAGGUGAAGGCAGUCCGAUGUUGUUGGUUAUUUCUGCCUCAGCUUUGAGAGCAGUAGACUUAAACAGGCAGUUACAGGACUUCAAGGGAGACAAAUGUAAAUGUGCCAAAUUAUUUGCAAAACACAUGAAGUUAGCUGACCAACAAAAGUUUUUGAAGAAGGCAGUGUGUCACAUGGGUAUAGGUACUCCAAACAGAAUAUUAGCUCUUGUCAAAUCUGGUCAUUUAAAGCUGGACAAGUUGAUGGCUAUUGUUAUAGAUUGGAACUGGAGAGAUAUAAAGAAACACAGAGUGAUAGAUAUUCCAGAGAUCAGAGGAGAACUUGCUGCAUUAUUACAAACAUAUCUUAUACCACAUAUAAAGACACACUUGAAUUGUAAAAUUGGAAUACUAUAGUAUUAAAGUUAUUAUUAAAGAUUA